GGCAUGCUGGGAUAUUUCUCUCCAUCAUGGCGGAAGAGUGAGCAUGCUAACGAUAACGAUUAGCACAUUCAGCAACUUACCGGCUGACAUCUGACAUUUUCGUUACACCAGCUGCAGCUAUUCAACUUAAACUGGUGUUGAGUGAGACAGAAACACAGCAAAGACAUCCAGGUGUUUUUUGUAAAAUUGUGUUGCUGGCAUAAUGGAGUGUGCAGUGGAUGUUCCAUCAGGUGAGGAUGAAGCACCUGAGAAAGAUGACAUGAAUGCCAAGGAAGGGGCUGAGAAACCCCACAAGAAAAACAAGAAGCACAAAAAACACAAGAGCAAGAAGAAAAAGAGAAAGAGAAAAGGCGAGAAGGAGAGCAGUUCAGAAUCUGGUGCCGAGUCUGAUGUAGAGCCCCCACCUCCCGUGAGACCUGUCAGGACCACUAGAGCCAGUGCCAGACUGGCUGCAGCAGCUGGACUUACAGAACAUGCUGGACUGAAAGAGGAGGGGAAAAAAGCAACUACAGAAACAGAGGGAGACACAAAAUCCAAAAAACAUAAAAAACAAGCUGCCAAAAAAAAGAAAAAGAAGAAAAAGAAAGAUGAAAAGCAGGAAAAGAAGUCCCCAUCUCGGUCUCCAUCUGAAAGCAGCUCAGCUUCAGGUUCUGAGUCAGAAGGUGAAGGAGCUAAAACAGCUGGUGAUGGCAAGUGUUCCUCUGCUCCUGGAUCUGACCUCAAAGAACCAAUAUCCAAACUGGUUCCAAAGGGCAAACAAGUGGAGGAGCAAGUAGCUCCCAUCCUAAUGCAGAAAUCUGAAUUGCUUGAUGCAAAGAAAGAAGAGAUAUCCAGUAUGGAUGUUUCCUUUGCUGAAGAGAAGGUUUGUAGUGCCAAUGAAUCACAAAGUGAUCAAAGAUCACCCUCUGCUGGCCAAGAUGAAAUUACGCUGACAGAAACUGUUCCAGUUAAGACAGAAAACAGUCCUGGUGAUGGUACAUUCAGUUGUGCUCAGGAGCUGCCUGACAUUAUUCCAAAACAGGAAGGCACAGCUCCUAAAGAUGAGCCAUGCCAGAAAGAUCAGACUAGUCCAGUCCAAGUGGUAAAGGUCGAAGAGCUCGAUUCAGCCAGAUCUCCGUCUCCACCAAGGGUCUUAGAAGUAAAGAAGUCAGAAUCAGGCCCCAGUCGGUCACCAUCACCCAGUUUGAGUAAGGAGCAGUCAGGUGGUCAUCCAACAGAGUCGGUGAAAGAACGGUCCAGAAGUCAGUCCAGGUCGAGUUCAAAGGGAAGACCGUCUCCAUCUCCUCUAAAGAGCCCACAGCUUUCCCGUUCCAAGUCUCGCUCGCUGUCCCCUAAAUCCAAGAAAAAACUCCUCUCUUCAUCCCGCAAGUCUCCAAAGAAGUCAACCCGCAGGUCCCGAUCAGCCUCACUUUCUGUUACUCCCAUAAAGAAAGUGUCAAGAUCUCCAAGGAAGUCCAAGUCACCUAAACGGCGAAGAAGCUCAUUGUCUGUUUCCCCAGUGCGACACGGGCGUUCUCCUUCCCCCAAAAGGAAGGUAUCCAGAUCCCCUAAACGUGGUGCUCGAAGGUCCCCCUCCCUGUCUCGGUCUCCAAGAAGACGACGAAGAUCCAAGUCCCGUUCUCGUGGAGGUGUAAGGCGCUCAAGAACCCGGUCACCUAGACGAGGUGGUGCGGGUAGACGAUCAUUGUCUCGUUCCAUCACUAGACCUCGGCGCUCCCAUUCGAGAUCUAGACGUCUCAUUGGUCGAUCCAGAUCACGGUCAGCAGGAAGGCGUGCAGGAGGCAGGCGCUCCAGAAGCAGGUCUUUAUCCCGACGCAGGAGGUCACCCCUCCCCAGAUCCCGCCGCUCACGGUCUCGGUCAAUCCGCCGGAGCAGGCGAUCCCGUUCACGGUCCCCUGUUCCGCUUAAGCGCACCCGUCGCUCCAGAUCCAGGAGUCCUCGCAAAAAGACCAAAUCCAGAACCCCUCCUCCUCGCCGGAGGUCUAAAUCUCGCUCACCAGUUAGAAGACGUUCUAGAUCUCCUGCAAGGAGAAAUCGCUCUCCACCGAGGUUCAGCAAACGCUCCAAGUCUCGCUCAUUGUCUCGGAGGCACCGUUCGCCACAACACAGCAAAAGGAGGUCCAAAUCUCCAAGGAAGAGCGGAAGAAGGUCCAAGUCUAAAUCUAUCUCUGCAGUACCAAACAAAUCUAAAUCAAGGUCCAGGUCUGAAUCAAGUGAUGGAAGGUCUAACAGCUCCUCCUCAGCCAGAUCUGUGUCUCACACUCCAGUCAAAGAGAAGAAGUCUUCCCCUCCUGCUACAGAAGAAACAUCGGAAGCCAACAUAGUGGAAGAAAAUGGAGGACAUUCAGUUGAAGCAGCUGCUGAUCAGAAACCAAUUCUUUCAGCCACUGACACCAAUAUCCAAGGUGGAAAUUCUACAGAAAAUGUGCAGGAUAAGUUGCAGGAUCCACCUGUUCAGUGUAAGAACUGGUAUGCUCCCAGUUCCAGAUCUGCCUCCAAAGAGCCAGCCUCUGGAUCAGAUGGUUCCGAAGAGUCAGAAGAUGAAGAACCCCCUGUCCAAACCGUGUCUAAAAGCCAGAGAAGCUCCUCAGCUUCAGCAUCUCCAGAACUAUCAAAGAAGAAGCUUUCUAAGUCGCCCUCACCUGCGGAUCCUGGGAAACGUUCUGGUUCGACAUCCAAGCCUACAUCCAAAAGAAAGUUGUCCAGAUCAAAGUCUCCAGUGAGGAAAAGGGAAUCUGUCUCUCCAUCAGAAAGAAAGAAGAGGCGGUCCAAAUCUCGGAGCCCAGCCCGGAGGCGGCGGUCACGAUCCCGUUCUGCCACGCGUCGUAAGCGCUCCAAAUCACGAACCCGAAACCGGCGAUCCAAAUCCCGUUCUCCAGUUCGCAAGAGACGUUCCCGCUCACCUAAUGCUCGUGGGAGGAGGAGGUCCAAGUCAGGUGACAGGAACAAGCGAUCCAAGAGCCGCUCCACAGGCCGGAGGAAAAGGUCCAGAUCAGGAGAUAGAAGCAGACGAUCCCGUUCCCGCUCCUCAGACCGCAGGCGCAGGUCGAGGUCACGAGGUCGAGGGAGGAGGCCAGCGUUUCGCAGCCGUUCCUUUGACAGGCGAGACAGGUGGAAAAGGGAACCGAGCCAUUCUCCAGUUGUCAUUCUUCGCAAGCAGCGACGCUCAGGUUCCCGAACUCGACGCAGCCCUAGCAAGACGCCACCACGACUCACUGAUCUGGAUAAGGACCAGUUGCUCGAGAUAGCCAAGGCCAAUGCAGCGGCCAUGUGUGCAAAGGCAGGGGUUCCCAUUCCUGAAAGUCUUAGGCCAAAAGCUAUUCUCCAGCUCCCUCUGCCCACUCCUUCUCCUUCCCCGAUUUCAUUACCCUUACCUUUACCUCUUCCAAUGGGCAUGGGAAUGCCCAAUAUGCCUGGCAUGGGUCCACUUGGAUUGCCCACUAUUCCAGGAAUGCCCACUAUGUCAAACAUCACCAUGAGUGCUGCUGUGGCCAGUAUGACAGCAGCCACCAUGACGGCUGCCUUGACCAACAUGGGUGCCCUGGCGGCCAUGCCCCCCCUCGCCCCUCUACCUACCAUCACUAAUAAACCUCCCCCGAGCCUUGCCCCUCCAGCACCGUCUUUAAACCUGGACCACAUUGAGGAAGCAAAGAGGAAAGUCACUCAGCAGGCCAACAUACAUACCAUCAAAGAGCUUACAGAGAAAUGUAAGAUGAUUUCAAACAGCAAGGAGGAAAUGGCUGUUGCUAAGCCCCAUGUCUCAGAUGAUGAAAGCUAAAACAGCUGAGCUCUUGAGCUGCUCUCCUCAAAGGACUGGAGCAAAAUGUAGGAUUCUUUAAAAGCUGGACUGACUUUCCCACGGUUCCCUCUGUUACCCAGAUGGACGGACAGAGAAGAGGAGCUCCCUCGAUGUUGCUGUUAAACUGUAGGAGCACCGGCAGCGGUCACUGCCCCACACUUCCCCUCCCUUCCAGUUUAAUUGUUUGUUUGAGAGCGUGAGACUUGUGGACUUUCACCUGUGAUACCACUGAGGAAACGGGGCAUGCUGAGGUGUGCACCGUUACGACAGUACAGCGAGUUUUAGUGCGUGUAUGUCUGUAUGAAUGGAUUUCACCACCACCCCACCAGUGCUGCUGCUGACCCGAACAGAAACGGCUGUAAAACCCCCAACGUGGAAGCAAACCAAACUAACUUGUGGGGCACGUGUUUUUGUAUACAUUCUAAGUUUCUUUAAUUUAGUUUUACCUGCUAUUCUUUCAUGAAAAUUGUAUCAUGUAAAGAUGGUGUCCUUGUUCUGUAACAAGCCCUCCCCCGGUUAUCUGUAGUCCCCAGUUUUAUGAUCCAGUAACGCAGAUGAAGUCAGAGAUAGUAGAUCCUUACUGUUGAUAUCGUUACACAAAUUAGGAUCGGAAGCAUAGGAGGGAAGCAGGAUCUGAUUAUAUAGAAGAUAGACGGCAUUUCAGAGUAUUGUCUGCAAGAGAAGAACUUUUAUAAAAAUGAGUAAUUCAGUCAGCACAGCCCUGAGUGUGAAUUCAUUACCUCUUUUUAUAGCACCAAGCUAAUCUUUGGCCCGGAUUUGUUCUUUCUUUUAAGCAUAGUUUGACUUAUUUGGAAUAGACUUUGCUUUUGAUUAAAAAAAACAACAAAAAAAAUCUCAUUCAUAAUUUAACAUCCUGAUAUUACACCAUGUGUUUAAUUAAUGUUUUCAUCUGAAACAAAGAAAUGGUACCUUUUUAUUAAUUUCUCAAAAAUGGCCAAGAGGAUUUUUUGAACGUUGCAGCUGGUUGAUGAGUGUCUUGUCCUGGAUACUAACAGGUCUGAAAUGCAGAGAGCUAAAAUGAUAAAUUGGAAAAUUUUGCUGAAUUGUAUAUGAACCACAGAACUUAAAAGUUAUAUUAUCAUUCUUGUUUAAAACUGAAACGUAAACAGGCCCUAAAAUAUUACUGAUGAAUAAACACAGUUUCAAAGUUGGGUAGGGCCUUUCGUAGAAGAACAAAGAAAAUUUGGUGCUUUUAUAAAAAUUAUAAGGGGGCAGCUUUUUCUGAUUUAAAAAAAAGAAUUUGUCUUAUUUUUCAUAUUCUUCAGAAGGAUGUUUAAAUAAUGGAUCCAUCCAACCAGGUUCAUUAAAGUUUCAGAGGUCAUUGUUGAAGGUUGUCAUCUUUAAUUACUCUGUAAAACAACUUAUUACAACUUUUGGAAGAAUUCCCUGAGGUAAGCUUUAGCUAUUUUAAUGAUAGAAACAAAUGUAAAAGUACAUUUUAGGAAUCUUUUUUCCCCCCCUCAUUUGUUUCUUUUAUUUGGUCAUGAUAUUAUUGCUUGCUUUGUACAUAAAUGUGUUGAUGAUUAUUAAUUAAAAACCUCAGCAAUCUGUA